CAUUGUCAGAGUGUGGAGAUGACCUUUUUCUUCUCCCUUUUCACCGUCGAUCCCAAGCUGUCACCCCGCCACUCCUUCUCUUGUCUGCGCCGUCGGCCGUGCUCCGCCCCACCUCGCUCCGCCCCCCUUCGCCGCCGCCCCCAACUCGCCGGCCCACCUGUUGAAGCGAUUGUCCUCUUCACAGUUUAUGUCACCGGCCAGGGGUGCCGCCCUCUUUCAGGCUCUCUUUCUUUCUCGUGCGUAUAAAAGCGAGCCAAGAGUUUUCUCCCGCUUCACUUUUUAGCCAGUGCUUUGUUUGGUCUCGCCAUCAUGCAGACGGACGACAGAGGUGUGUCGCUGUGGUGCGAGGAAACAGAUGAGGACUACCGAGAUCAGGCCGCCCUGGGGAUGGGUGCCCCCGGGGUUCAGCUGCGAGCUGCCUGGGACCCCUCAGUGUCGGGGGGGCGUGUGAUCCAGAGGCUGCUUCACGUGGAGGAACGAUACGCGCCCUCACCGCUCUACGUGGGCCUCAUUCAGCAGGAGCCCCAAAGACGGGAGGAGCUGGCCAAGUGGACGCUGGAGGUGUGUUGCGAUUGCGGCUGUGACGAGGCCGUGUUCCCGCUGUCCGUCUCCCUGAUGGACAGAUUCCUGUCGGUCACGUUGUCCACGCCCGUGUCGCCAUAUUGCUUGGCGGCAGCCUGCGUGCUCAUCGCCUCCAAGCUGAGCGAGUGUGACAACAUCACCUCGAAUGCACUCUGCGCUGCCGCAGAGUACAACUUCCUGCCCGCCAACCUGCGGGAAAUGGAGCGUGUGGUACUGGCCACCCUGCGCUGGGAUACAGCGGCCGUGACACCUCAGGACUUCCUGCCACACUUCCUGGCCUCCCUUGGGGAGCGCAACGAAGAGGACAGCACCACCUUGAGGCGACACAGCGACACUCUGGCAACCUUGUGCGCAUGCGACUCACGCUUCCUGGGGGCUUCGCCUUCCCUAGUGGCCGCCGCCUCACUCAACUGCGCUUUGCGGGGCCUGGGCGACAGGGAGCACUCUCGGCUCCACCCGCUCAGCUCGACUCUGGCUGACCUGUGCCAGGCUGACCCGGUGGUGCUGCAGUACUACAGCGAGAUGAUUGAGCACGCCCUCCGGCAGCGCCUCAGCAGCAGGCCGGCAGUCAAAGGCGAUGAAUUUGAGGACGAAAGAGCCGGCACGCCCACUGACAUGAGAGAAAUCGAUUUCUAAAGCCCUGUCAACAGCCAAACUGCAACUGCAGACCAAUCAAAUUUGUCGUCAUCAGUCAAACUGAUAUAAAUUAUGACCUCCACAAAGGAUACUUUUAUAUACUGAAGAGAUACUGUUAAUUUAUUUUUUUCAAUUAUUUAUUUACCAGACAUUUUUAAUGUGUUCUUUGUGCCAUAGUGUGUCUACUUAUCUCUGUUAUUUUAUUGCAGGCUAGUUAUGCAUAUUUUGCAUAUCUAUAUCUUUAAUUUAUUUAUCUUGUGCAAUUCUUUAUUUUGGAUGUUAAUUUAUUCAAUAUGCCAUACUUCUAAGUUGUUUUUAGUGUACUAAAUGAACUAAUUGAAUGCGAAAUCUAUUUUUGGAAACGAUUAAACAUUUGAACGCACUUUGCAUCCAUAAUUUCCUGUGGGGCUUAUGUUGUCUUGCUUUGUUACUAGUACUUUAUUGUUCUCUUUGGAAUUAAGGACCUUGAGUUAACGUGAGUUGUUGUCAAAGCACCGAUCAUAAAAGUUCCUACGUUUUCAGUGGGUCAUUGAUAUACCACGCGAUCUCGGUCGCAUGUUUAUGACGUUUCGCAUCUGCCACCAACCGGACGCUGGUUUUUGCUUCCUGGAGCUCGGCCAACAGGCUAUACAUGCACCUGCGAUAAG